AUUACAGUAAUGACGUAUAGCAUUCCGAUAUUCUUCGUUUGUGUACAUUUUAUACCAAAUCUUCUUGAUCUUGUGGCGCCGUUUAACCAGUCCCGUCCACGUCACCUGCUGAUUUUAGUGGAAUACUUCGUUGACAGCGAUGAAUACUUUUAUCCUAUUCUACUACAUUUAUUCGUGGGCUUUUUUAUUCUUCAAAUUACACUAAUGUCUACCACAUCUAUAUACGUAGCAUUCAUACAGCAUGCAUGUGGAAUGUUUGAAAUAGCUAGCUACCGUAUUGAACAUGUUCUGGACGAUCAUAAAAGAGGCAACUCAGUUUCUGAAAGACGUUGCGUAGCUUGCGCUAGAAUAAUCAGUGCCGUCGACAUUCACAGACGAGCUAUCGAGUUUUUCGAAUUCAUGAAGAAUACUUUUGUAACAAUGUAUUUUUUCCUACUUUUGCUUGGCAUAGCAUCUUUAACUGUUAGUCUGUGUCGCGCUGUAACUGCAAAGGGAAUUAUUGAAAAUAUUAUUCCCAUAACAAAUGUAUUUAUUCACUUAUUUUAUUUCUUUUUUGUCAAUUAUUCGGGACAAAAAGUGUUGAAUCAUAGCAAUGAUUUUUUAUCAAGAAUAUAUAAUUCUAAGUGGUAUAUGAUGCCGUUGCAUUCGCAGAAAUUGAUAUUAUUUGUAAUGCAAAGAAGUUCGAAAAAUUGUAUGUUACUCGUAGGUGGUAUCUAUGUCGCAUCACUGGAAGGUUUUGCCACGACUAUGAGUUCAUCCGUGUCUUAUUUUAUGGUACUUUAUUCAAUGCGAUGAUGUUGUAAACGAACAAUUGUUUACAGUCAAUAUUAUUAUACAAAGAAAGAAACUUUUUAAUUAAUAGUAAUGUAUGAUACAAUCCGAAAGGCUGUAUAAUUAUACAGUUUUGUAAUUUUACAAAAUUAUAAGGCAUUGCAAAAUAUUGUUUGUCUUCUACAUACCGAAUAAUAUAAAUGUGAAUGUGUUGU